AUGAGCUUGUUGGGGAAGGGGGGACGGUCUCGGAAGGGGCGGGCCGCUCUUCCUCUUACAUUUGUUGCCGUGGUAAUACUCGCCGUGCUACUACUGGUGCUUCUCUUACUACCAUGGCGUGACACAAGACAGUUGGAAGAUAGCGCGGAACUAGAAAUCCGCCCAACCCUGCCCAUCCUCAGUGCGCCUCGGGUGGAGUUGGGUCCGCCGUACGACCCGCUGCUGCAAGAAGAAAUUCUGAACGUCAUUCCAGACAACGUCACACACUUCAUAUCACCGGUUGGGCCGCGCGAGGGCCAGGAGUCACCACAUUUUGAUUAUGGUGAUGGACCAUCUCGUUAUCGCAACCCGUAUCGCCCCAUGCACCGCACCAAACGCCCCUGUGAUGGCCGCCUUUAUACAGACGGCAGGUGGGUGUAUAACAGCAGUCGAAGGCCCUUGUACGAGUCUCGUGGAAAGGUAUUGGGGUGCUGCGAGCACGGCUUCAGAAAAGAGUUCGGCAUGGAUGCUAUUCGAAGGGAGACGCAGUACGAGUGGAUACCAAACACGUGUGAAUUAUUCCCUUGGAAUGAGGAACUCUUUUGUCGCUCCCUCCGCGGCCGCAGUGUCAUGAUGGUAGGUGACAGCCUUAGCGAUCACUGGCAUGCCUCGCUGUUCUAUCUUCUUGGUGGGAAAGGUGAUAUUUAUGAGCAAGAGGGAACUUCGCGUCAGCGGCAUCGUUGUAGGGGUCAUCCCAUCUGCCAGAAGUAUUAUCCAGAGCGUGAGAUGAAUCCGAUUCGGCUCCUGUUCCUCACCAACCAGUUCCUCGAAACGGGUUAUCACGCCUUCCGAAACUUUUUGUGGUGGAAAGACAUUCACCGCUACCCUAUCCUCAUCCUGAACUCCGGCUCCUGGAUGGUGCGGCCAGAAAAUGAGAGGCAGCACGUGUCGGACAGGCGUUAUUAUGCCCUUAUGCGGCGAGCGGCCAGUAUUAUUCGUCGUCUUUACAAGGGUACUCUUAUUUGGCGGACGAGCUUUCGUGGACAUCCCUUUUGCUGGAAAUAUAGCAAGCCGCUCACGGUGCCGCUUCGGCCGGAAGAGUACAAUGUUGGGAUCUACAAGAGGUAUCGAUGGUACGCCAUACCCGCGAGGAACGCCUACACAACAGCGCUCUGGAAGGACAUGGGGGCACACAUCCUCGAUGUUGCACUCAUGACAGACCUCAUGCCACUUGGGCACAUGGGUAAGUAUCAUCCCAAGUAUGAGGUGAUGAAUGCGACAGAUUGUUUGCAUUACUGCUCCCCUGGCGCAACAUAUGAUCAAUGGAGUGUGCUGCUCAUGAAUCUUCUUUUGGGGAACAUUGUGGAUUAG